AUGGCCCCUCCCAAGGUCUUCUCCCUCGAGGGAAAAGUCCUCAAGCUUGACAGCGCAGAGGACAUUAACGCACACAUUCAGCCUUUGAUCGAUAACACCGACUACACUGAACUCCGUCUCGGUGGAAACACACUGGGCAUUGGUGCCUCCCAGCGCCUGGCCGAGGUUCUGAAGACCCAAAAGUGCCUCGAAGCAGCCUACCUCGACGACAUCUUCACCGGUCGUCUCCUGUCGGAGAUCCCCACUGCUCUGUCUGCACUUCUGAACGCCAUCCUCGAGAUCCCCACUGUCCACACCGUGAACCUCAAUGACAACGCAUUCGGUCUCAACACCCAGGCCCCGCUUGUUGAAUUCCUCUCGCGCCAUGUGCCCCUCCGCCACCUCAUCCUGAACAACAACGGACUCGGCCCCAACGCUGGAACCUACGUCGCCGAUGCCUUAUCGAAGCUGGCUGAGCGCAAGGAGGAAGCUCGCAACUGUGGCGAGGAGGUUGCCCUGCUGGAGAGCGUUGUCUGCGGACGGAACCGCUUGGAGAACGGCAGUAUGGAGGCGUGGGCUCGGGCCUACAAAGCCCAUGCGGCAGGUCUGAAGUCAGUUAAGAUGACACAGAACGGCAUUCGAUCGGAGGGUAUCUCCCACCUGCUGACCCAGGGUCUCUACCAUGCGAAUGGUCUGGAAGUUCUGGAUCUGCAGGACAACACUUUCACUGCCGUGGGCUCUACCGCCCUGGCGAACGUCUUGUCUGGUUGGCCCUCUCUGCGCGAACUUGGUGUUGGAGACUGCUUGCUCUCUGCCCGCGGUGGUGUGAAGGUCGCUAAGGCUCUGGCGGCCAACAAGAACCAGAAGCUCCAGACUCUGCGUCUACAGUACAACGAGAUGAAAGCGGAAGCUGUCAAGGGCUUCACUCACGCCGCCAAGACUGCUCUCCCCAGUCUGCGUCGCAUCGAACUGAACGGAAACAUCUUCUCCGAGGAGGACCCCAACAUUAUUGACCUGCGUGAGCUUUUGGAGGCUCGGCAGGAGGAGCACGGCACCGACGAGGACCCUGAGAAUACCUGGGGUGUUGACGAGUUGGAUGAGCUCGAAGAGGAGGAUUCAGAGGACGAGGAGGAGGAGGAGGACGAGGAAGAAGAGGAGGAAGAGGAUGAAGAUGCGAAGGCUGAGAAGGCCCUGGCAGAUGCGGAUCGUGCGGAGGAAGAGGAAGUGGCCCAGAAGGCCGACAAGGAUGUUGAUGAGCUGGCCAACGCCCUGGGCAAGACCGGCAUCUAG